GGAAAUCGAGGUAAACCUGGUUCAAAGGGCUUUCCUGGACCUGAGGGGCUGAGAGGGGAGCCUGGAGAACAAGGAGAGCCAGGAGAGAGCAACAGAGGUGUUCCUGGAAAUAAAGGGGCAUCCGGUUUACCAGGAAUACAGGGUACAGAGGGUGCGAUGGGACUCCAAGGUCCUGUUGGCUCUCCAGGACCUCAGGGACUAAGAGGUAGAGCCGGGCAGGAAGGAAGGAAAGGUCAAAAAGGUCCAAAGGGAGAUAAAGGCAAAAGUGGACGUCCAGGAAAAGAUGGGCGCAUAGGGAGGAGGGGAAAAAAGGGAAAAACAGGAUCUAGAGGCAUGCGAGGACCCCGAGGAGAAAAGGGAAAGAUGGGAGGUCUGGGUCCACUGGGUCCUGCAGGAUGGAAGGGCAGACUUGGUAAAACUGGAACUCGUGGGGAAAAAGGUGAAGCAGGUCAACUGGGGUUAAAGGGAGAAACUGGAGAUCUAGGAUUUGGUGGUCCACCUGGUCCUCACGGGUCAAAGGGAAUUCAAGGUCUACCUGGAGGGUCAGGAAGAGGGGGGGUAAAGGAAAUCACAACCACAACAACUUUUUUUUUCAAAUUCACUCAGCACCAUACUGUUGACCAAGCUUGGAUGAAAGGUGAUAUUGGUCGUCGAGGUGAUCCAGGGUCUCCUGGUCUACCAGGGUUGCCUGGUUUGUUUGGACAGAAGGGGCUACAAGGGUUUACUGGUCCACCAGGCCAGAAAGGGGAGAAAGGUUUACAUGGUCUACCUGGCUCACCUGGACCACCGGGGUUGUCGGUAAACCUGACAUUGACACAGCUAAAGGAGCUCUUGUACUUAUCAGACCAGCCAAGCCGAGUGCUGGUGCAGACUCUGCUAAAUUCCCUUCAGGGUGAACUUCGCUGGUUCAUAAAUCCACCAGAUGGCAGCAAUGAACAUCCAGCGACAACCUGUCUGGAGUUGUGGCUCGCUUUUCCUAAUUCUACCAAUGGUCUGUAUUUCAUAGAUCCUAAUCAGGGCAGUCCAGCUGAUGCUUUUCAAGUGUACUGUGACUUUUCAUCACAACCAAAGACCUGUUUAUCUCCACUGCAACCUCAGGUUCCUAUAAAAGCUUGGCUGAAGGACUCCGGCACAAAUAUGUCAUUUCGUUGGUUGAGCACAGUUGAAGAUGGCUUCCAGUUUGAGUAUCCUGGAGGAGGAGAUGUGGUUCAGAUGAGAUUUCUGCGACUAAAUAGCAGGCUCUCCACUCAAACUGUCACAUACUCCUGUCAACCGGGAAGAAGACUGAGUCACAGGAAGAGGGAAGUCAAGUUCCUGGCUGAUACUAGGACACAGAGUUAUCUAGCAGACCUGCAGGACUGUGUGAUGUCGGACACACUGGAGUCAGGAAGCCGUGAAUCUGUUUUUCAGUUUGAAAGUGAAGAGCUCAGUCUGCUGCCACUCAGGGACUUGGCAGUGUUUGGAAACCAGGAGGUAACCUGGGAGUUUGGCUUUACUGUAGGCCCUGCAUGUUUCAGCUGAGGUCACCCCGAGUUCAACAUGGUUUCUUGAGCAUCCUCUCUCCUCAUGAUUUUAAAGUCAGUGAACUGAUUGUUACCUUUUAAAACAAAGACUUUUUGACACUGACAUAAAGUAAAUGUCUUAAUAAUAACUUUGUUUUAUGAAUUUAUGUGCCUAUAUUGAUAUACAUUGUUUUGUUUUUUUAAGUUUGACAUUGCUUUAAGGUUCUUGUAGACAGAAUUAGUGUCAUUUAAUGAUAAGACAUUCAAGUGCAACUAAUGAAGGAAUAUUCCACCAACUACGACCAUUUCCAGUUGCUUCAGGGAACAGCCUUUAUAUGACAGAAGUAGUGAAAACACUUCACUACUCAUUGUCACUAACUCAUCCUGUCUGCUUUAUUAUGCAUCAUCUAUACUUUUCCAUCAGUGGUGUAUACAUACUGUUAAUGAGAGUAUAGCCACUUAGCGCUUGCAUAUUGAGCUCUCUCAUUAGAACAUGAAACAAACACCAGUUCAAUAAGCUGCAGACAACCUUUCUCUGAUGAUAGCAGCCUUCAAACACCUGCAAGAAGUACACACACACACAUAUAUAUACUGUAUAUGUGUGUGUAUAUAUAUAUAUAUAUACUGUAUAUGUAUAUAUACUGUAUAUAUCUGCACUUUAAUUUAAAAAAUGACAAGAAAGCAUCUGCAAUAAAGGUAUUAAAUUACUAAAGAAAAAUAUAUAUGUGAAAAUGUGCUAAUGGAAGAAUUUAAUUUUUAACUAGAAUGAAUCAAAUAAUGUUUGGUCAGAAUGUGGAUUUUUUUUAUUAUUAUUCUUUUUUUUUUUUUUGUGAUAUCCUUUCUGGAUAUGACACUGACUUCAGUGAAAUCCAGAUCCAGAGAUUUUUGCUCCCAAAAUAUUCAGGUAAGUAUAAAGGAUUUGUCUUUUCUUUUCUUUUUUUUGCACAACCAGUGAUUUUUUUUCAUCAGUUGUUAAUUUUUCCCCAUUUGUUAGAGUAAUCUUAUUUAUGUGCCUUUGCAAAUGUUCUGGAUGUUUUUGUUGUCAUUGUGCAGCUUUUUCUAUAUUGAGCAAGACUGUUUAAUGUUCUGUAAAUACAUCACAUGUUUGUUGUAGAUAUUUUUUGUUGUUUUUACCUGACAUUUCCUCACACAUAUUUGAUAUUUAGUUUUUUGUAUAUAAUAUUUUACCAUGUAGUCUAUCGGGUCAUCUAAUUUUCCUCAGGUUCUGUUCUCCUGAUUGUUUUUCUCAGAUUUUAGGAUGACACUUAUAUUUAUAUUUUGGUAAAAUUUUUUUAACCCUGAUUAAUUAUUUGAAUAAAAACACAUUGUCACAUAUUUUAUUAGUGCAGAUUCCAACAGUAAAUAAGAGUAAGUUUAGAUUAAUUACAGUUGUAUACAUUCAAAUAUGAUUCACCAGGCUUACUCACAGUGAGUCAGUGUUUUUUCCAAUCUACGUAUUGUCACGCAGCCAAAUGACCUCCAUACAGUUUAUCACAGAAAUAUUUAUCACAUAUCAGGUCUAUUUUGUGUUUAACAUCUAGAGCAGGGGUGGCCAACAGGUCAAGAGCCACAAUGUUUGCUUUGUUACUGCAAAUAGCCACAUGACAUACAUGGACACGUGUGAACUGCCCCAUCCCUUUAAAAAACUAGAAUAAAACUCUCCCACUUAAAAACUUAACACUUCCUGUGUACAUCUUUUCAUCUGUGCGGAUUUGGUUGAGUUGAACGUAAGAACUGCGUGAAACUGGGCAAAGAGUUGCAUGUGGCUCCUGAGUCGCAGGUUGGCCAUGCCUGAUCUAGCCAUACACUGUGUGCACAAUUAUUAGGCAAGUGAGUAUUUUGACCAUAUCUUCAUUUUAUCCAUAAUUUCCAACUCCAUGCUGUGUAAACUUGAAUGCUUAUUGGAUUUACUGCAUAUCAGGUGAUGUGUAUUUGUGUAACGAGGGAGGGUGUGGUCUAAGGAGAUGAACACCCUAUCUCAGGGUGUGCAUCAUUAAUUAAAUUUAAUAUUUAAUUAAUUUAAUUUAAUUAAUUAGGAAAUGUACAGUGAAGGUAAACAGUACACCUCUCUGAACAGUGUCUGGGAGGCUGUGGUUGCAGCUGCACAAAAAGUUGACUCCGACCAGAUCAAGAAACUGACCGACUCCAUGAAUGGAAGGCUUGUGACUGUUAUCGAAAAGAAGGGUGGCUGUAUUGGUCACUGAGGUUUUUUGUUUGUUUGUUUGUUUGUUUUUUAAUUUUAGAAAUGUUUAUUUGUAAAUUUUGGGUUUGUUUAUUAUUCUCACUUUAAUAGGUGAAAAAAAAUAAAAAAGUGAGAUGGGAAAAUCUUUGUUUUUCAUUUAGUUGCAUAAUAAUUCUGCAUGCUAAUACUUGCCUAAUAAUGGUGUACAUAUAGAUAUUCUCUUAAGAAAGCCAAAACCUCACUUUUACUACUUAAAUGUUCAGGUUUGAAGGUUUGUUAACAUUUUGGAUUGACCAAGAGCACUGUUGUUGUACAAUAACAAAAUGAAUCCUCAAAAAUACAACUUGCCUAAUAAUUGUGCACACAGUGUAUUUACCAAGACAUUCACUAAGUCAAAAUAGAUCAGGAUGAAGUUAAAUUGUCAACCCUUAAGCCAUGUCUAAACAAAAUAUUUGUACAUAAGUAAUAAAAACGUUUUUUUCUGGGGUCACAAACCUUAUUUGCAAACUCCUGGGAAACAUGAUGUGAGAUGACCCCCCCAAAAAAACAAAAAAAAAACUCUUGUGACCCAGUCUUUGAG